AUGAGAGACUCCUCAACCACAUCUACCAAAUCCUCACCGUUAUGGAAACCAUUUGCCUCAAACUGUUGCUCCGUCGAUGACCAAACUGUCUUUGGAAAUCUAAGCCGUUGCCGACCUUCCAAAUCAGAGUUCUCCAAGAACCAUCUUGGACCACUUCCUUCUUUUCGACGGCUCUCUUUCACCGAUCUAAGCCGUUCUUCGUCGGCUAGGAUCAACGAAGAUCUUGCACAUACUCUCGGAGCAGAUUUAGUGGAUUUUCAGAUGUGUGAACUCAAGAUGAUCACUCAGUGUUUCUCCGGGAACUAUCUUCUCGGAGAAGGUGGGUUUGGUAAAGUUUAUAAAGGAUACAUAGACGAGAAUCUCCGACAAAGCCUCAAAGCUCAGCCUGUUGCUGUCAAGCUAUUGGACAUUGAAGGGCUUCAAGGACAUCGGAUUUCAAUAUCGCUGCCAUGGGCGACGCGGUUGAAAAUCGCUGUAGCGGCUGCUAAGGGCUUGGCGUUUUUGCAUGAUUUAGAGAGUCCAAUAAUUUACCGUGAUUUCAAGACUUCUAACAUACUUCUCGAUUCGGAUUUUACGGCGAAGCUAUCAGAUUUCGGUUUGGCCACAAUGGGACCAGAAGGAUCCAAAUCUCAUGUGACAACUCGAGUCAUGGGCACAUAUGGUUAUGCUGCUCCUGAAUAUGUUUCAACAGGGCAUUUAACGACAAAGAGUGACGUGUAUAGUUACGGCGUCGUUUUACUCGAACUCCUAACGGGAAGAAGAGCCACCGAAAAGUCACGACCUAAAAACCAGCAGAACAUCAUCGACUGGGCAAAGCCUUACCUUACAAGCAGCCGUCGUCUCCGAUGCGUUAUAGACCCGAGGCUCGCCGGACAGUACUCCGUCAAGGCGGCUAAGGAUACGGCUCUUCUCGCCUUACAAUGUGUGAGCCCUAACCCUAAAGACCGGCCCAAGAUGCCUGCCGUUGUGGAGGCUCUAGAGAGUCUUAUGCACCACAAAGACAUGGCGGUUUCCUCCGGUCAUUGGCCACCGUCUCCAAGAUGUCAGGGCGGGAAAGUUUCUCCCAAGGUUAGAGGGGACAAUCGGAGCGGUCGAAAAUCAGCUCCCGGUUCGCUAAGAUCGUGAGAGAUUAGGGUCUAAAAAUGAAAUUCAAUAAACAUGUGACUCUGUCUUAAAUAUAUGUGUGUAUAUAUGGAAUAUUGUUAUACAUAUCUAAGCGUGUGUGGCAUAGUGAGAGUAAUAUGAAAAAAAAAAUAUUUAGAAGAACAAGAUUAUAUAAUCUUCCGACUGCGAUUUCAAACAUGAUAAGUCACUAUGCAUGUGUUUUAAAUGGUAAGAAUACUCGAUUAU